UUCGUUUGACGUCCUGUUUCUACCCGUAACGCGUCUCAGACAGAAUCUAAAUAACCGACGCUAGAGGUCGCUCUUCUAUUAUAUACCCGAGAAAGUGUUUGAGGAGGGUACUUCGGUGUAGGCAAGUACAGAUCGAUCGGGAUGAAGUGGUCGCUGGGAUUGACGCUUUUUUGUUUACCCGCUUUCCAUUGCUUGAUUGGCAAAAGGUCUAAUUCUCAAUUAGAGAAUAGCUUGUUGGGCUACCUCAGAAGCGCUCGUUCUCUAACCGAUACAGCGAAGUACGAUGCAAGCGAUCAUUUGGCAGAGAAGGAGAUUCUCCCUCCGCACUUGCAACAGGAAGAUCGCUUAUCCGAAAUUCCAAAAUUAUAUAGCGCCAGCGAUUACUUGGCAGAGAAAAAAAUUCUACCUCCUUCUGUUCUGAGCGAAGAAGAGAAGAGAAAUUCCGAUUUUCCUCGUCUUUAUAGUGAAAGCGAUCAUUUGGCAGCCAAACAAGUUUUGCCACCGUUCCUGAGAGAAGGAAGACUCUACGCCAGUUUCGAACCGUUUUAUAGUGAUUCCGAACCGGAUUUAAUUAAACGUGAAACUUCGGAAGAUCAUUUGUUAGGUUUUGGAAGAAUUCUCAAUAAUUAAACUAUCGAUACUCCGCUCUGUAAUACCGAGAUUAACUGUGCCAAAUUGUUGUAAACAAUCUUGAGGAUCUGUUUUUUUUUCUGAUGUUUUUCAAUAAAUAUUUGCAUAUA